CGACUCACACUCAGUCCGGGCUAGAACGCUUGCGAGUGCGGCGGUCCAUACCUUUCUAUUCCUACGAUCUCUGCUCUUGUCACACACAACAUAUACACACACCAUUAUCAAGACACACUCGAAACAUAUACUCCACGCCUAUCUUCGCGUCGGUCCGGAAGUCUCAGUUGGUCCGCGACGUCUUGUAUCUCUUCACGCUGUCAAAAUCGCCGUGACACGACCGUUUGUCGUAGUAACCCAGUGUCAUAACUCUUUUGAAUUCUCCCUCUUUAUUCCAGUACUUUGCUGCCUCGAUACAAAAAACGUAAAUUGCCGGAAGUUUUUUAUAACAACAUAAAUCCCGUUUGUCGCCCGAGUAAGGUUCCUUAUUUCAAGUACAAAGCGAUCCCCCGAAAAGUUAAUAUAUAUUUUUAUUGGAACUAGUUCGAAAACGUUUUUUUCGUUAAUUUUGGCGUUUUGAAGACCGAGACGAUACCAGACGUCUUUGUCCAAGAAUUUAUCGACAAUCAUACAAUUGUAAAGUAAAACGUAAGUUAAGCUAUAAUAUACCUGUAAUAAAACUAAGUGUGAGAUAGCGUUGUCAGUAAUUCUUGUACCGUUGGGCCUGGGGUCAGUUUUUUGGACCCGCCGUCCUUUUGCGCACAGCACGUAACGCCCCCGGUGCAAUAAUCACUCCAUUUAGAUGUCUUUUAUUGUUAGUUGCGAUAUUACAAUCCAGACAUUUAAAGUCAAUAUUGAAGGCGGUGUUUAAUUCGAGACAAUCGCGUUCCGUUUUAUAAUAAUAAUAAUAAAAAUAAUAAUAAUAAAUUGUAAUCAAGGUUGUGGUCAAGUUUACUUUUGAAACAGUUCUUCAGCAGUAUUCGGUAUAUUUCUAGCAUUAAGUCAGUGUUUGUAUAUGAUACAUAUCUUUAGGAGUUAGCUAGUUAAAUUUUAUCAAAGAGUUUAUUAUAUUUACCGGCUAGGCACUAAAUGUUUAAGUAAUCGAUCUCUUUAAACGGAGACAAUCGUGCAAUAUUUAAUCGACACGCCACCAUAACCAAACCAACCAAUCAUCGCGGACAAUCCGUAAAAAGACAAUCGAAAUAGACGCGUCGGAAAAAGCAAAAUUUCGCCCGUGAAGAGCCCGAAAAUCGGCAUCACGACGUUUUAUUUCAACGCUCCUGGUCAAUAUCCCUAUUUAGUGCCCUUUUGUCCAGUUGUCCCUCCUGAGUACCCCCCGACCGCCACCGCUGUUCAGACGCCCUGUGGUUGUGGCCAAUGUGCCCUAGCGUAUUCUAAUCAUCCCCAAGUCGCGACCCCGUCGACGUUGAUCGUCAACAGGUACACGGAAAUCAACUAUUUCGACAAUCAACACCACCACCAGCAGCAGCAACAGGCAGUGCAUCAGCUGACUGGCUGUAUCCCUGAAAAAUACUGCGCUGGGAUAGAUAUGAGAGGUAGUGACGAGCUGCUAUCGCAAUCCAACGUCACAGUCAUGGCUCCAUCAGCGCCACAUGCCGAUAAUAACAAUCAAGAAAAUGCCAAGAAGGUUAAACUAGAACAAAAUGUGGGGAAACCGUCCCGCGUGAUCCAUAUCCGCAACAUCCCUUCCGACGUCAGCGAAGCGGAAAUUAUUCACCUGGGGAUGCCCUUUGGCCGGGUGACGAAUGUCCUCGUACUGAAGGGCAAAAACCAGGCGUUUUUGGAAAUGGGCGACGAGGCAGCCGCCACAUCGAUGGUCUCGUAUUUUGGUGGAUGCGUCGCUCAGCUCCGUGGCAGAGCGGUUUACGUGCAAUAUUCGAAUCACAAAGAAUUGAAAACGGACCAGACCCACUCAAAUGCGAAUGCUUCAGCUCAAGCAGCUCUGCAUGCCGCUCAGGCAUUGGCAAUUACACAAAAUUCACACACGACCACCCCCACCACGCCUGUUACAAACGGACAGGAUAUUCAAGGGGGUCCCAACACAGUGCUCAGGGUUAUUGUCGAGCACAUGAUAUACCCAAUCAGUUUGGAUAUUUUACAUUUGAUUUUUCAGCGAUUCGGAAAGGUUCUAAAAAUAGUCACUUUCACGAAAAACAAUUCGUUCCAAGCGUUAAUCCAGUAUCCGGAUACACAGUCAGCUCAAGCAGCCAAACAAGCCCUUGAUGGUCAAAAUGUUUACAAUAGUUGCUGCACGCUAAGAAUAGACUAUUCCAAAAUGUCUUCUCUCAACGUAAAAUACAACAAUGACAAAUCGCGAGACUUUACCAACCCCAAUUUACCAACUGGCGACGGUACGGAGCAACUGGCUCUAACCGGUGGUCUGGCUGGGGGUCUUGGUGCAGACAUAUUGUUGCUGGCAGCUCAGCCUAGACUAACGAGAGAGCGAUUGGCAGAUUCCUUAUUGGCCGGAGCUCCUGGUGUCCUUAAUGGGCCCUUUAUGCACGGACUAACUUCCCCACUAGCAACUCCUUAUCCGACCGUCACGGGAGCGAUACCUGGACUGGGUAGUCUAGCUGCGCUGGGACAAGCUGCGCCAGGGCUCAGGAGCCUUACAACUCCCGGUCUAGCAUUAGCCACCGUGCUUUUAGUUAGCAAUCUAAACGAGGAGAUGGUCACGCCUGACGCUCUCUUUACACUAUUUGGAGUAUAUGGCGACGUCCAGCGGGUUAAGAUAUUAUACAACAAAAAGGAUUCUGCAUUGGUGCAGCUGGCUGAACCACAUCAAGCACAUCUUGCUAUAACUCACAUGGAUAAGCUCAAAGUGUUCGGCAAAAACAUCCGGGUGAUGCUAAGCAAACAUCAGUCGGUCCAAAUGCCUAAAGAAGGCCAACCCGACGCUGGUUUAACCAAAGAUUACAGCCAGAGUCCAUUGCAUAGAUUCAAGAAGCCGGGUUCGAAAAAUUAUCAGAACAUUUAUCCACCCUCCUCAACCUUACACCUGAGCAACAUCCCGGCAACCGUGAAUGAGGAUGAUAUUAAAGAGGCUUUUACUAAAAAUGGGUUUACCGUUAAAGCCUUUAAAUUCUUUCCAAAAGACAAGAAAAUGGCGCUAAUCCAACUCCCAAGUAUGGAAGAGGCUGUUAUAGCGUUAAUAAAAAUGCACAAUUACCAGCUGUCUGAGUCAAACCACUUGAGGGUAUCAUUUUCAAAGUCAAGUAUAUAAAGGGGAUACCAAUUCUUGGAGCACAGUAUUCAUUCCAUUGGCCGAGUCACAAAGAUGGUAGCUAAUCGAUAAAAACAUCGUUUAUUUAUUACAAUUAAGAAAUUAACAUAUACUAUUAUGUUACAAUAGACUGUCAAUUUGCAAGUUAGAUUUACUUUUUUGUUUAUUGAACAAUCCGACAAAUGCAGUAUACAAAGUAAGUAUUUUUUAUAGGUUAGGUUUACUAGGUUGUAGUUUUACUUGUAGCUUUUUCCAUGCAAUCUCUUUAUAUGUUCUUUUUAUACAAUUCUGCUUUGUGUUGUUUUCUUGUCCAGUAUUAAUAUUUGCUUUAAUAUUGCCUAAGCAAACUGUUGAACAGGCGUAACAAGAAAAUCGUAAGAUUUAUAUUAAAGUUAUUGAAAUUUGCCGCGAUGUUAUUUUUUGUAAGUUUAUAUUAUAUAUAUAUAUAUAAAAUGUUCAAUGUGUGUUUUCCUAGAAGACACACAAAAACUAGGUUGUUUAUUGAGAUAAGACCUUCUUAAUUGUUGCAAAAUUUUAAAAAUUUAUUAUUAUAGUUGUUGAGUUACAUUAGGGUUUUUAACUAUAGAUGAUGACCUAAUUGAGGCACUAACAUGAUAAAAUUUUUGUUACAAUUUUAGAUUUCAGGUUCAAGUAAUACAUAAUAAUGACAUUUUUAUAUUUUAAGGUAAUAAUAUGGAUAGUGAUACCAAGAAAAAAUUAAGAAGGUUUUCCAAAACACAAAAUCUACAUGGGUAUAACCUAUUUAAAAUAAAUGAAUAUAUAUAAAUAUAUACAUAGUAUUAAUGGCUAUAGUAUUGUUAAUUGUCGCGGAGUUUCUUAGCAUAUUUGGUAGUGGUUAGCCAGUGACAUUAGUAUAGGGUAAUCACAGGGUGUUAGCCAUACCCCUAGAGGUAUAAAUUGUAUUUCUAGUAGGGAGCAAUUCAUAUUGCCUCUCAAUGCAGGCAAUCGUGUUUUACCUCGGCAACAUUCUUGAGGUUGAAUAUUGUAAAAUAGUGCCGCCUAAUUUUUUGCUAGUUCAGCUCAUUUUACCCAAAAUAGAACACUUCGAGGCCAAGCAAAGUUUUACAGUGUUCUUCUAAUAAAGAAAUGAAAAAGAAUCUCGUAUUUCAACUAUACUGUCUCUUGUAUUUUACCUAUGUCUGACAUGUUUGCCUGAAACUUUCACUGUAUUUAUAAAUUUUUCUCUAUAUCUCUAUACUUAUACACUUUGACAAUCAUGAAUUUAAUUUUGUAAAAAUGGAAAUGAGAGCGUGAUCGAAAUUUUCUCCUGUACAAACCAACUGGAGGUACUUUCUUUAAAUUGUUCUUCAAAUUUUCUGCAGAAUUUCAUUGCAAUUGCAGCAAGAAUGUAAAAUAUCUUAUUUUAAACAAUGACAUCCGAAAUGGGUUUUUAAACAAUUGAUGCUUAUUCCUCUGGUACUAAAUAUGUAUGUAUAAUUUAUUGUUAAUGAAGCAUAGAAAAUACAUACCACCAAACAAAAUUUAUAUAGGGUACAAGCCUUUAUUAAAAUUUGUUUCUCCCAGGUUUAGUCGGUUGUACAGCAUUUUUCCGGAUAUGCCGAAGGGCUAUUGAUAACAGGUCAAAAACUGAUAAUCUUCAAAUUCCUAAAGAUCCUGCCAUAAUUUAUCAAAACUUUAUUAGUUAGAAGUAAACAUAUGUAAAUAUAUGUAAAAACCAUUUGUCCCAUGUUUACAAAAAAUUUAAAAGGGUGAAUGGCAAAAAAUAACUAAGUACAAAUUGUUUAAAAAUCAGCUGUUGAAAGUUGUUUAUUCAUGCAAUGAUACAUAUUAAUGGCAUUAAAUACGAAGAACAAAAUAACCAAAAAUAAAUUGAGGGAGUUGUGGGUUUUCUAUGUUUCCUUAACUGCAAAAAAAAUCUUCCUGUUAUUUGUAUAAACUAAAAUUUUAUACUGUCGUUUUAAGGCACAUAUCACGCACGCAAGCAUUUGCCAAA